AUGCUUAUACCGAUAGUUGAUAAAAUUAAAUAUGUUCAAAGUCUUAAGGAAUUAGCGAUAGAGAUACCCCAACAAAGUGCAGUUACUUUGGACAAUGUAACAUUAAAUAUCGAUGGAGUUUUAUAUUUAAGAGUAAAUGAUCCGUAUUUAGCUUCGUACGGCGUUGAGGAUGCCGAAUUUGCUGUAGUUCAGUUAGCCCAAACAACUAUGAGAUCAGAGUUAGGAAAAAUAGCAUUAGACAAGGUAUUUAGGGAGAGAGAAGGUCUUAAUGUUUGCAUCGUCGAUAGUAUAAAUAAAGCGAGCGAAGCUUGGGGUAUAACGUGUCUCAGAUACGAAAUACGUGAUAUCAGAUUACCGCAAAGGGUGCAAGAAGCGAUGCAAAUGCAAGUAGAAGCAGAACGGAAAAAAAGAGCUGCAGUUUUAGAAUCUGAGGGUACCAGAGAAGCAGAAAUAAAUAUUGCCGAAGGAAAACGAUUAGCGCAGAUUUUAGCGUCGGAGGCUGCAAAACAGGAAGAAAUAAAUAAAGCGACUGGUACAGCAGCUGCAGUAGUAGCUAUUGCAGAAGCACGUGCAAAGAGUUUAAAACUUAUAGCAAAUGCUCUUAAUUUAUCGGAUGCAAAAAAUGCAGCUGCAUAUAGCAUAGCGGAACAAUAUGUUAAAGCGUUUAACAAACUGGCAAAAGUUAACAAUACUUUGAUUCUGCCCAGUAAUGUUUCCGACAUAUCUUCUCUAGUAACACAAGCAAUGACAGUGUAUAAACAAAUUCUGUCCCAACCUAGUAUAGGUAUAGAUGAUACGAAAGAAAAUAGAGAUACUUCGCUCGAUGUUCACGAAUCGGAUGAAUCUUUUGAAUAUUUCAGUGAUAAAGAGGAAGCAGAGAAGCAUAGAGAGAACAAAAGAAAACGAAAUCCUGAAAUAUUGUAA